ACCACUUCAAAAAUCCAUCAGAACACACACUAUCACAACCAAAUUAAUUAACUUCCAUUUUGCAGGCAUGGCAGGACUGACACCCUCUCUAGUAUUCACAGUGCGAAGGUGCAAACCAGAACUGGUUGCUCCUGCUAAGCCAACACCACAUGAAUUCAAACAACUCUCUGAUAUUGAUGAUCAAGAGAGUCUUCGAUUUCAAAUUCCAAUUAUACAAAUCUACCGAUACAAUCCCUCUAUGCAUGGGAAAGACCCUGUCAAAGUCAUCAGAGAGGCACUUGCGCAAACGCUAGUGUUUUACUACCCCUUUGCCGGCAGGCUCAGGGAACGGCCUGGCCGGAAGCUUGUUGUAGAGUGUACCGGCGAGGGUGUCAUCUUUAUCGAGGCCGAUGCUGAUGUUACACUUCAGCAGUUUGGUGAUGAUCUUCAACCCCCAUUCCCAUGCUUGGAGGAGCUCCUUUUUGAUGUUCCCGGCUCUGAAGGGAUCCUCAAUUGCCCAUUACUCCUUAUCCAGGUGACACGCCUCAAGUGUGGUGGAUUCAUCUUCGCCUUGCGCUUCAACCACACAAUGAGCGAUGCCGCUGGUAUGGUCCAAUUCAUGACAGCCAUGGCCGAGAUGGCACAUGGUGCACGUGCCCCAUCCAUCCCGCCUGUGUGGCAGAGACACAUUCUCAAUGCAAGGGAUCCACCGCGCGUGACUUGCAUACACCGUGAGUAUGAAGAAGUGGCUGAUACCAAGGGCACAGUCACCCCAGUAGAGAGCAUGGUCCACCGUUCCUUCUUUUUCGGUCCCACUGAAGUGUCCGCCCUUCGUAGGUUUGUACCACAUCACCUAAGCCAAUGCACCAAGUUCGAGGUGCUCACCGCAAGCCUAUGGCGUUGUCGUACCAUAGCACUCCAACCCGAUCGUGAUGAGGAGGUACGCAUGAUAUGUAUCGUCAAUGCACGUGUCAAAUUGAACCCUUUGUUACCCACUGGUUAUUACGGUAACGGUUUUGCAAUCCCGGCGGCGGUAACAACCGCCGGAAAGCUAUGUGAGAAUCCUUUAGGUUAUGCCUUGGAAUUGGUGAAGAAGGCCAAAAACGAUGUAACGGAAGAGUACAUGCGAUCGUUAGCUGAUUUUAUGGUGAUCAAUAAUCGACCCCAUUACACUGUAGUUCGAUCAUACCUGGUGUCAGAUGUGACACGUGCCGGGUUCAGAGACGUGGACUUUGGGUGGGGCAAGGCGGCUUAUGCUGGGCCAGCCAAAGGUGGGGUCGGGGUUAUCCCUGGAGUGUUGAACUUUUAUAUAGCUUACAAGAACAGUAAGGAAGAGGAUGGGAUAGUGCUCCCAAUUUGCUUGCCUGCCCCAGCCAUGAAAAGAUUUGCGGAGGAGUUGGAUGACUUGUUGACUAAACAAGCCCAUUAGUGGCCACCAAAAAUCUGGCCUUAUUAGUUAUUAUAUCGUGCCUGUGAACCAAAUUUUCUGAUGGGUGUUGUAAGAUGCAUGGGAGAGAGAGACUCAUAUGGUGAAUGUGUCAUAUCCGCCACUGUGUGUGUAUGGUGUGUAUUAUAUAUAUGUAAACAUUUCUAUUUUCAGUUGGGUGUUGUAAUAUGCAUGGGAGAGAGAGACUCAUAUGGUGAAUGUAUCAUAUCUCAUAUAUAUCUGAUACUGUGUGUAUGGUGUGCAUUAUAUAUAUGUAAACAUUUCUAUUUUCUGUUGGGUGUUGUAAUAUGCAUGGGAGAGAGAGACUCAUAUGGUGAAUGUAUCAUAUCUCAUAUAUAUCUGAUACUGUGUGUAUGGUGUGCAUUA